AUGGGAAAGAGCCCCUUGUGCGUCGUAACUGAUGAAGAUCCGGCUAUGAAGAGUGCUAUUGCACGAGUACUGCCAGAGUGCCGUCAUCGUUACUGCAUGUGGCAUAUCAUGACCAAAGUGAGUGAGAAGUCAGGGGCUGAACUAUCAAAAGAUCAGAAUUUCCGUAACCAGCUUAACAACAUUGUGUGGAAUGAGACCAUUAGCAUUGAUGAUUUUGAAACGCAAUGGCAGUCAUUAAUGGAGAAGUACAACUUAACGGGGCACCGAUGGUUUACUAAAUUAUACACAGACCGGAGGUUUUGGAUUCCGUCAUAUUUUUUAGAUUUACCCAUGAGCGGUGUUCUACGUACCACCUCGCGUUCAGAAGCGGAGAACAGUGCGUACGGUAAAAACACACGCCCACAUUGUAGUCUGGUCGAGUUCUACGUGCAAUUUGAGAGCGUCCUAGAAACUCAACGGCACAGACAAAGUAAAUUAAAUGCUGAGAGUGAAGGGUCCUUGCCUGAUUUCAAAACUCCUUUAGCAUUGGAGCGACACAUGGCGCAGGUAUUUACCUUAACAGUGUUUUAUGAGCUCCAGGUAGAGAUCGAAGCUGCAUGUUUUUAUUGCAGUGUUGUGGGGAUCCAUGCAUAUGGUGAGUGCAUCCGUUACGACAUUAGAGGGGAGUACAACGUUGUCCAUACUGUUGAAUAUACCCCGUCUUUGACUAUUGCGACAUGUAGCUGCAAGUUGUUUGAAAGAUUGGGGUUUGUUUGCCGGCAUAUGUUUCUUGUGUUCAAAGAUGCCGAAAUGGUGAGCUUGCCAUCGCGGUACAUCGCAGCACGAUGGUGUAAGCAAGAAGGACUAGCUAGCUGGUGUGCUCGAUGUUCUGACUGCCCUCCUUUAGAAACUGUGCCUAGUCAGUUGUGGACUGAGAUACACAAUUGUGCCGUGAUAGUUGGAAGCAAUAAAGUGCGCCAAACGCGAAUGCUACAGGUAAUAAAAGAAUUAAGAGACGAGUUUCUGGGCGAUGGUAUGGACGUUGACCCCCCAAAAGGAAACGGUGUUGCCAUUGCAGCUUUGUGCGGUGUGGAGCCGCCGACGUCCAUAAUUAUCAAACCGCCAGCUCAAGCAAAAAAUAAAGGGACCGGCAAGCGAAUUAAAAGCCAACGCGAGUUAGCUAUUGAGAGGAGUGGCAAGGCUAGCAGAAAGUGCGGGGUGUGCGGCGAGUAUGCACAUCAUAAUGCCCGCAGCUGUCCGUUGAAGUGA